AUGUCUGAUCCACAUGGAAGUAUUGACAAGGAGGCUCAGUCUUCCCCUGGCUGGACUUUUGUCAACAGCCAGGGGGAUAUUAUGUCAGGAGAUGAAGAUUCUGAGUCUAGUGAAAGCUCCAUUGAAGUUUUGAGUUUUGAAGGGAUUGAAGGAAUAAUACCUGCACAGCUGAUCAGAAGUCACCCAGCAGAAGAUGCGGUAAUGGUAACAGAUGAUACCCCAAUCACAGAUGCUCACUCUGAGGACGAAAAUAUGAAUGCAGCGAGUGCAUUUUUGGAAACUCAGCAGAAUUCUGUUUCUGAUGAAGGUGCUGAAAAACCUCUGAACUCUCUAGAAGCAGUUGUUAGCCAAGAUACCAUCCUUGAAACAACAGUCGAAAGCUUUCCAGAUUUGACGCAGACAGAUCUCAGUCUUUCGGAAGGGUCAUGCAGUGGAGCUGUCACAUCCAGGAUCCCUGAUGAAAUAGUUCAAGAACAGUCGGUGCAUCUUCCUGAAGUUGCUGAAGCUGGGCUGUGCUGCUCAGAGUCUCAGCAUUCGGUUUUUUGUGAGACUACAGUAGCAGCAAGUAGUACUGAAACUGGUGAAGUGUCAGUCGAAGCAGCUAGCCAAGCAGUGGCAGGGGAUAACAUGUUUCAGGCUAACACUGAAGACGACAAACAAGUUGUCAGUAUGAAUGCCACUGAGGAUAUUUCCCAGUCACUUGGUGAUGCAAAGGAAGAGGAACCUCAGGAAAUGGUAGCUGGAGAUGCAGAUGGUGGUGCUUGCUGCAUGGCAUUAUUGUUAGAAGGUGAGAACGCUCAGUCAGAAUGUCUGGUAUCUGAUGCUGGGGAUGAGAUUCACAAGUCUCCCAUCUCAUUUCCUCUCAGUUUUGAUGACGAGUCCAUUGCAAAGGUUUCCUCACUUGAAGGUACAACAGAAAGCAGUCUUGGCAGCAGAACUGAUAGUGAUGCUGACUCUGACUUUGUCCGCCUGGAUUCUGAUAACAUGGAUGCUUAUGUUGGAGAAAAUCAGUUUAAUGAAGAAAGAAUCAUGAUUCCUCUAAGACUAUAUCGCAGUGAAUACACCAUCGGUCCUGGCUUUAAUUUCAUUAGGGAUGAUGAGAGGGGUGGUCAUGCUCCAACAAAUGAGCUCCCAGUUGAUAACAUUGAGCAGGACAGAGAUGAGGACACAGAGUCGUCUACCGAGGAAGGCAUUGAUGAUCGUAUCGAGAGUGAGCAGAGCGAGGCGGGGUCUCUGUCUGCCCAGAAUGAUGUUGGCGAUCUCUCUGUUUUCGCUGAUAUUGGGGACCUGCCUUUGGUAGCUGGAGAUGUGCCUCGGAACUACAUUCAUCGGCCCAACAACCACCUCAGUACAGUGCUGAACAUUAUUGUGGUGCUGGUUGCCAUACUUACCAUGGGGAUCAGCUUGGGUAUCAUUAUGGCAACAGAUAUGGAAAUUGAGGAGUGGCAAAAUGCCUAUGAAUUCCAAAAUAAAAAGGUCAAUCAGUUAGAAAUCUUACUGAAGGGCAAAACCAAGGCUCAUGACCUUCAGCUGAGCAGGGUCAGAGAGUUGGAGGUUCAAGUUGCUGACUUAAAAAACAGUGUCUGGAAUUUCGAGAGAAGAGCGAAAAACUAUGAGCGAGCUGUGGAGACAUUAUCAGCUUACAGUUCUCUGGAAGGAGGAACCUUUGGAAAAGCCAUACACACUAUCCUGGAUGGUAUGAAGGAUUAUAUCCAGUGCCAGACAGAAUCAAAUCAGUUGGUGGCAUUGGAGUGCCAUUUAAAGCUUCUUCCAUACAUCAGAAACUAUACAGCUCUUAUAAAACAUUACCUGCCUCCAGAUGAACCAACAAGCAUUGAUCGUGGUGUUGCAUUGAAUACAGACAACCAGAACACUGGACAUUUUGGAGCACCUUCUCAGGAAAUGACUGCAGAGGUCCCUGAUCUGGCUGCUUCUAGUCAGCUUGAUGAUGACAGUCUGCAGUCACAAGAAAAAGAGAGUUCCAGCUGUCAGAAGGAACAUGAAAUGCCACAUGGGCAGAGUGAUUCUGAAUAUAUCUUUGUGCAUCUAGAAAGAAGCAGUGAUGAAGAGGAUUCAUUAAAAGUGUCAAGUGCUUCACAUGAAAACAGAGAGAGUGAUCAGUCUAGCCAUGAAGAUUCAAAAUCAGUUGAACGUUCAGAUCAGAGAGCAGCUAAAGAGACAUUUCAAGCUUCACCAGUUCCUCUUGAUAUCAAGCAGUUACAGCAGUCCUUGACACGGGAGCAGGAGAGAGCUCUGCACUGGCAAAAGUUGUAUUUGUCUGAACGACGCCAAAAAGAGAGGGAAAGAGAUAACGAAGAGUUGGAAGAUGAAAGGGAACGGGAAAUGGCAGAACGAGAAAGGGCACAGAUGGAUCAGGUCGAGUGUCUGAAGAAGCUCAUGUCAGCCAACCUGACAACUCUGACACAGCAUGUUAUCAGAUGGAAUGUGUCAGUGUUUGAUGAUUUUGCCAAUCUGUCCAUGUUGUUAUCAGGAAUCUCAGAUCUGCAGCAAGCAGUUUUGGACUCAGUUCAGAGGGUCUGGAGCAGUGCUGAACAAGUUAUAGAUAGUUUGCACAGCAAGGAUCCAGCAACAGAAGAACAUAGUUUUACAAAGCCAGUCCCAAGAAAGGAGGAUGUUGUUGAAUAUCUAGGAAAAUUGCUGGAUCACAUUAAAAAAGUGGAUAUGCCAGAUCAUGAUGUUCUAGUGGAUUACCUUGGCAGAAUGUUGGAUCAAGUCAAGCAUGGUGUUGAGGAUAUCCUGAAUGUAGUCUUCACUGAAUCUUUGACAGCUUCAUUAAAUAAUGUGCUGGAAGACACUGAACAAAUUAUUCAAGAAUAUCAAAAUUAUGAUGCUGAUGGUGGGAAGGCUGAAAAUACUGCACCAAAUAGAGAGCAUCUUCUGGAGUACUUGUCUAAAGUAUUAAAUGACAUAUGUCAUAAGGAUGAUAUCAUGCCUGAAGCUCAUUCAGCAGAAGUGAAUAACAAGGGAGAGAAUGUAACUCCAGAAAUUCCUGAAAAGAAAAGCCAGAGUGAUUCUUCCUUUACAGGUCCACAGCUAGAAACUCCAUUUGGGGGACCUCAUCAUAAGGACGAGGAUGACCCUAUCAAGCAUGGAUUUUGGUCUAGAAGAAUUGGCAAGAUGUUAAAAAAAACUGGCAAGACUGUCAGAAAGCUUGGUAGAAAAGUUACAGGUACCUGGGGCAAAAUUAAGGCCAUGUGGCAUGAGAAAAAGCCAGCAUUUUUUAAAAUGGGAAAUGGACUUGCAUCCACAAUAAAGAAAGCCUCGUCGAAAUUUGCCAAAAUGUGUAAAAAGAUGUCCUCACGGUGGUUCAAAACUUCUGAGAUCACUAAUAUUGACAUAGAUAGCAAAUAUGUCUACAAGCUGAGAAAACACUGGCAGGCACUUGUUAUGAAUGACCCAUGUCAAAUACUUGGCAAGUUCAGUUAUGAGUGUAAUGUAGGGAAGAAGCAGUGCCAACAAGACUUGAAGAAAAUCUCAGAUUCGUUUUCUCAUCUUUUGAAAAUUCCAAAUGUCAAGCGAGAUCAUGUUUUGAAGCUAAAGGUUGCUGAUUUGAAGAAUUAUUAUAGGAAGUUUAAAUCAUUUCAGGAUCAUUGGUGGAAAAGCAAGCUUCUAUUGACAACUGACAAGCAGUGGGUGGAUUGUCAGUUGAGUUGGUGGACCGCAGCAGUUGCUGCUUCCUACCAAGGCAGUGUGGAUGGUUUGGAAGACAACAGAUGUUAUAAAAUUAAUCUUUCAGACAACUUUUAUGAAGAGCAUCAUGGAAUGACUUUUGGCCCAAAUUUUAACAUUUUUGCAGAAGACAUAGAGGAACAGGUCGGUUGUAUGGAUGAUAACAAAGGCAACAUUGUUUCUGAUGAGGCUGAUAAUGUUCAGAGCCAGCAAAGCCAAUCUAGUAGUCCUUUACAUGAAAAUGAUGAGUAUGCUAGUGUUGAAGAUGAUGAUGAUUUCGGAGAAAAUAUUAAAGAGAAAAAUGAGGAAGGAAAAAACUACAAAGAUGGUGGUGAACCUAAAAGUUACACUCCUAAAAGUGAUGAAGCAGAAGUAAAUGAAACAUCCCAUGAUGCUUCUGACUGGUUGCAAGAACAAGCUAAACUUCAGCUACACCUGAGGAAAGAGAAAGAAAAGGCAAGAUCAGUGUUUGAGCAAGCUGCAGAUAAGAACAAAGAGAGGCAGAACCACUGGAAUGGUGUUAAAGAAGCUGAUGAUAAUGAAAAGUUUGGAGAUUGGUUUUUUGAAAAAUCAAAAGAUAGAGAACAUCAACGAGAUGAAGCAGGAAAGUCUUCUUGGGUCUUCGAACGGGCAGCCCGCAGAAGGGAUGCUUUCCACCGUAAAUGGAUGGAUGAUCGUAAGAAGAAAGAUAAACAUAAUAGAGGAGCAGAGAAUGAAGAUGAUUGGUUUAUGAAGCAAGCAGAAGAAAGGCAGAAAAUCAGGGAGGAUGAACACAAAUCUGAUUGGGUUUUUGAGAGGGCUGCUGAUCGAAAGAGACACCAUGAUGAUCAGCACAAUGCAAAAUUUAGAAAGCAUCACUGUAGAGGAGCCGAGCAUGGAAAGCAGUUCCGGCAUGCUUAUGGGAAAGUGUCAACACCAUAA